GGUGCGCGAGGAGGAAGCGUUCGCGACGGCGGCUCGACACAACGGCCGUCGGGAUUUGGGGCGGUUUCUAUGACGACAACCAGACGGACUUGACAGUUAUUAUUCAUCCGGACGUGACUUUUUGUUUUUGGCCCAGACCCCGGAGGGUUCAAAGUGCAUCGGCGGGUGAAGCCAAGCCGCACAGACGGAUGGUGCUGAGGUACUGAAACACAGACCCGCCUAACCACAAACCACCGUGAUGCUAGUGUGCUGUUGGUUCUCACCGCUGUUGAUUCAAAGCGACUCACGGGGCGAAGCGAAGCUCUGUUUGGCUCAACGUUCCCAGGGAGAUGAAACUCACUCCCCAGCAAGCUCCACUCUAUGGCCGCUGCGUGAUCACAGUGCAGCUCACCGAUGGAGAGCUGGCCGUGGAUGAGGAGGGCGCCUCCGCCGCAGACUAUUUUCUGUUGUUUGCUGGUAGCACACAGAGACACCUGAGCAGCACCUUGAGGAGCGGCCAUGACACCUUGCAGGCGCUGUGUCCCGCUCACGGCUGUUGCGAGGAGGUUUCGGUCACCCUGUGCGCCGUCACCCGCGGCAGCCCCGCGGCGUCCGAGGAACCGACCACGCUCUCCUCCCACGUUGCUCCUUUAGCUGAGCAUAGCUUCACUUUCGUUCAGGACUUGGCUUUUGACAUGGCCCAGUUUCUGGUUAGCACGGUGGGCCGCACAGAUGGCCUGGACGGGGCGCUCCUCCUGGAUGAGUGUCACAUCCCCCUGCCGGAGUGCGAGCGUCUAGAUGAGAGUCUGACCUUGGCCCUCCAUCACAUCCCGCUGCCACCGGGGUGGAACUUGCUGGGGAACCGAUGCUCCGACAGCGCCGAUCCGCACCCGCGGGAGACCCUGCUGCAUUUUUCAGCCCGGCGAGGUUUGGUCCGCCUCACGCGCUUCCUGCUGCGGCAGCCGGGGGCGAGGGAUGCCGUGCGGCUGCCCAACAAGCAGGGCCAGACGCCGGCAGACGUCGCAGCGCUCCGGGGUCACGCCGCCCUCCAGCAGCUCCUCGCAGAGGCUGAGGCAGACGGCGAGUCGGCGGACCCAGGCCUUCAGCGCGUUCAGCCGGUGCCGACGGACGCCCGCGUGGUUUGCCGCCACCCGGGCUUGCACGCCCUGACGCAAAGCGUGUACCCAGGCCGUGACCCGCCGAGCCUCAGCCGGAGCGUGGAGCAGCUGUUGCAUUUGACGAGUCAUCUCCACGCCAAGAGAGUGUCUGUGCUGGAGCUGCGCUCGGACUGUCUCCACACGGCGGCCGAGUGCAGCGAGGGUGUCGAGCCGGAGACGACGAGCUGCCCGCAAACAAACACGACAGAAAGCCUAGUUGGAAACGGCGCCGGCGUCACUUGUACAUAUGGCGACGAGGACGCGAGUGAAUCCGUAGUACCUCCCGGGGAGCAUGGCCCCAACCCCCCCGAAGAUUGGGUGUGUCUCGAGUCUGUGAGGGCAAAUGGAAGGGAAGAGCCCGGCAUCGCACAGAACUUGAGUUUGUGCGAAAGGCCAGAAGGGGGGAGCCCGUCGCCUGUGGAAAACCUCCAACUGGCAGGGUGGGGUGCGCAGGAAACCGAUAGAGGAGAAGGAGGAGGAGAAGGACGGGAGGCCGCAGAGGGAGAGGACUUAUCUGGGAAGGAAGUAAACGGAGUAUCUGAGAGCGGUGCCGAGUUAGUCAUGGGCCAGUCGCCGUCAUCCGACGCGCCGGUCCGGGACGACGAGGCGCCGACUCACGCCCCGGACCUUUGCGACCUAAACUCCAUAGCCGAGGAGGAAGCUGACAGCGAGGUUUUAGCGCAAGAGGACCUCCCACCUCCGGCAGGGAGCGAUGAUGUAACCCUAGAAUCAGAUGUUCCGCCUCCCGGAGAGGGAGAACCUCCGCCAGAUGUAAACAGCUCCGAACAAAACCAGGAAACAGCUGGUCAGGCUCAAGCGGCAGAGUGGCAGCAAGACCUUGAUCAGCAGCCUACGUGUUCCGAGUUAAAUGUGACGGGAGGUACCGACCCGACCGUAUCAACUCCAGAGGAGAACCCGGAGGACACAGAGAUCUCACUCGAGCCGAUGGUCAAAUCCAACGCGGAUCCCGAUUCGGGCCUAACCCACGGCCUGUCCAGCGACGACGACGUCAGCUUUCAGUCGGUCGGAAGCUGCACCACAGACAUAUUCAACCCCACCGAGGAAAGUACCUCCUUAGGGGAGCUGCAGCCGACUGAGGUAGUCACCGUGGAAGAAGCGGACCAAAGCGACAUGUGUUCGUCCACGUCACUGCAACCUGCAGUAAGUUCAGAGGAAAACGGCACCGGCUAUGUGGAACCUAGCGCGGAAGAGAGUCACGUGCGCCCCGAGGAGCCUGCUGCUCCAGAACCUUCUGAGACCGACCUGUCGUCGGGCGGGGAAGCGUCUCAGGCAACGGUGGAAGAGGGAAAUCCCAGCACCACUGACCUGAGUGAAGAGGUGCAGGCGAUCAUGCCGGAACAAGCCGAGACCCCCUGUGAAGCGGAGGAAGCGCACGAGACUGACUCUUCCGCCAUCCACCGCGACGGCGAGACGCCCUUACAGCAGCCGCUCGACGCUCAACACUCAGGGUCUUCCCGGUCGGCAACAUUGCCUGCUUUGUCCAGCAGGACGGUCAGCAGCAACAGUUGCUCCUCGACCACUCACAGAGACUCGGGGAGCGAUGCCGAGAGCUUGCUGAGCGCCGAGGUGGGAUACGACAGCGUCUUCAACAAGAAUGACGAGCGAGUGACGGGCGGUGACAGCACCAGCGAGGUGUCCAUCUCCUGCUCCUCCACGGACGACACGGCCAGCGUGGGGCCGUCCAGCUCCAGCCCGGACGGCAGCCAGGGCCUGGGUAGCAGCGGCUGGAGCCCCGAGGGCAGCGUCCACCCGGGGGCCCCCGUGCCCGCCGCCGCCGCCGACGGAAGUGUCGCCGGCGACGCCGAGGAGGAGGCCAAGGACAGAGUGAGCGAGGUGCCGCGGCGCUCCUGUCUCCUGCGCAGCAGCCUGCGCUCCCUCUCGCCUCUUCGCCGACACAGUUGGGGACCCGGGAAGAACAACGGAGGAGGCCCUGCCAUGAACCAGAGGAGCUACAGCCUGGAGGGCCUGAGUGGCAGCCAAGACGAGGCCCGGGGCCCGGCCAGUCAGGGCGCCCGCAUUCUAGAACCUUCCAGAAUGCUUCAGCACGACGCUGACGAGCGUGGCUCACUCGUGUCGCUCACCGAGGAGCAGGAAGAAGCGGGGCCGCCGUGCGGGCUAGAAAAACAGAAGUCGAGGCGCUAUCGUCCCUUGAGGAACAGCUGCCCUCCGAUGACGCUGCCCCUCACCAAGUCCGUGUCCAUGCUCGCCAUCAGCCACAGGGACAUUGAUGGUAUGAGGUCUUUCUCCAGCCCGUCUGGGUCGCUCGCGUACAGCAUAUCGGAGGAGGAGCCCGGGCCGCUGCGGAGCGACACCGAGGCAGGCAAGGGUACCACCAAAGUUAGCCGCACCUUCAGCUACCUCAAGAACAAAAUGUACAAGAAGAAUAAGGAAAAGGAGAAGGACAAAAAGGAGAAGGAGGCCGCCAAGGAGAAAGACAAGAAGGCAGUCAACGGGCAUCACUUUGCCGCCGUGUGCCCCGGCCAGGUGCCGCCGUGCUCCCACUGCUCCCAGUGUAACAAGGCCCUCAGCAGCAAGGAAGUCUUCCAGUGCACGUACUGCAACGCCUGCGUGCACAAGGGCUGCAGGGACGCCCUGGCCGUUUGUGCCAAGGUGAAGAUGAAGUUGCCCAGGCAGCAGUUUAACACAGUGCCAGAUUCCAGCUCCUUCCCUGGUGUCACCAUGAGGAACAAAUCGUGCGGGACGAGGGAACGCCCCUGGUCAGCCGUCUUGUCCCCAGAGGACCACACGUCUAUGACGUUGCCGCAGUCGCGCCGCCACACCAGCCUCAUGCCUUUCCACGGCAACAACUUGUCCAAAAGUCUGUCCAUUAGCAACAUUGCUGGUCCAGUGUUUGACGAGAUUCCCAUCAAGGGCCUGCGCUAUCUUUCCCAGUCCACCGACUCGCUCAACAGGACGAAUCAGGUCACAGAGUCCAUGGAAUCACUCACCGACGAAGGUCAUUACACACCAUCGCAACCAUGGACGGAGAUGAUUGACAGCCAGCUGAUGGGCGAGUUUGAAGGCGAGGCCAAGGAGAUGGAGGCCGACUCGUGGAGUUUAGGAGUGGAGCAGCAGUACCUGCAGCAGCUGGACCGCAAUUUGGUCAAGAGGCAGGAUGUCAUCUACGAGCUGAUGCAAACGGAGAUGCACCACAUCCGCACGCUGCGCAUCAUGUCGGAGGUGUACAGCAAGGGUCUGCAAAAGGAAGUGCAACUGGAGCCGCAGAUCCUGGAGCGGCUCUUCCCCGCCCUGGAUGAGCUGCUGGAGCUCCACACGCAGGUUCUCCUGCGGCUGCUUGAAAGGAAGCGCGAGAGCCAGCCAGAGGUCGGGCGCUCGGAGCGAGGUGUCGUCGUCCACCGGAUAGGGGACAUCCUUCUCGGCCAGUUCUCGGGAUGCAACAGCGAAAGCAUGAAGAGGAUCUACGGGAGGUUCUGCAGCCGCCACAAUGAAGCCGUCAACCUGUACAAGGACCUUCUGACCAAAGACAAACGCUUCAAGGCCUUCAUCAAAAAAAAGAUGAGCAGCAGCAUUGUUCGGCGUCUCAGCAUCCCAGAAUGCAUCCUGCUUGUGACCCAGAGGAUAACCAAGUACCCGGUGCUGAUUCAGAGGAUCCUGCAGCACACGAAUGAGGGCGACGAGGACCACGAAGGGCUGUCAGAGGCGCUGCGCCUGGUAAAAGAACUGAUCGCCGGGGUGGACGGCCGCGUGAACGAGCACGACAAGCGGCGGCGCCUGAAGGAUUUUCACAGCCGCACCGACAGCAAGUCCAUCAUGAUGAUGAAGAGUGGGCAGAUCUUCGCCCGCGAGGACCUGCUGCGGCGGCGUCUCGUCCACGACGGCGCGCUCCAGCUCAAGAGCAGCCAGGGACGCCUCAAAGACGUCCACGCGCUGCUCCUGUCGGACGUCUUGGUCUUUCUUCAAGAGAAGGACCAGAAAUAUGUCUUCGCCAUGCUGGACCAGCGCUCGACCGUCAUCUCGCUGCAGAAGCUGAUUGUGCGCGAGGUGGCCAACGAGGAGCGCGGCCUUUUCCUCAUCACGGCAGGCAUCGAGAAGCCGGAGAUGAUGGAGGUGCUGGCCAGUUCAAAAGAGGAGCGCAAUGCCUGGAUGCAGUUGAUACAGGACGCCAUGCAAUCCAUGGAGAGGGACGAGGACGAGGGCAUUCCCAGCGAGACGGAAGAGGACAAGCGACAACUGGAGAUCAAAGCCAAGGAAAUGAGAGAUUUAAUGAAGCAGAAGGAUUCUGAGAUCAUGUCCCUGCUGGAGGAGAAGGUGCGGCUCUUCCGGGGCAUGUGUGAGGGCUCCAGCCCGGUGGAGGAGGCCUGCCGGCCCAACGAGCCCUUCUUCAGGUCGCCCGGCGGGCCGGAGCCGCCCAGGGGGGCCUGCAUCAUGAAGGACGCCCUGCAGGAAGUGGAGACGCUGCAGAGCCUGGUGAACAGCAGCCUGGGUGGAGCGAUGGCCGGCGUCCAAGACGGCGGAGGCGGAGCGCCCGGCUCGGGGUGCCUGCCCCGACGGGCCGAGACCUUCGGCGGCUUUGACAGUCACCAGAUGCACCUCAGUAAGAACGGAGACAAAGACGAGAGCGAGGACGCCGUCAGGGACCUGCGGAGGACUGAAUCCGACAGUGUCCUGAAGAAGGGAGGAAACGCCAACCUGCUGCAGCUGCUCAAGAGGAACAGCGAGCAGAUGCUCCACAGCGUCUCCAACCUGCACUUCCUGCUCAGCACGCUGCAGGCAGUUGUGGUGCAGCAGGACAGCUUCAUAGAGGACCAACGUCAGGCACUGAGCGAGCGUUCGCCGUCGGCGUGCUCGUCGUCACGGCCCUCCUCGCGGCCCAGCUCGCUGAUCGAACAGGAGAAGCAGCGGAGCCUGGAAAAGCAGCGGCAGGAGCUGGCGACACUGCAGAGGCAGCAGUCGGCGCACGCCGAGGAGCGGCGCCGGCGUGAGAAAGAGUGGGAACUCAGGGAGCGCCUUCUUGGCGACAAGGAGGCCAUGCUCAAAGCACAGGAGGAGGGUCUGUCCAAGCAGCAGCGGGCGCUGGAGGACGACAGGCGGGAGCUGGCGACUCGGAAGGAGGACUACCAGAGGGACCUGGAGAGGCUGCGAGACGCCCAGCGGAAGCUGGACAAGGACAGGGAGGCCCUGCAGAGGCAGCUCGACAAGAUGAACGAGCUACGACGCGCUGAGCGGACUCCCUCCACCGCUUCGGAAGAGUCCCAGUUGGCGGGAAGCUGCCAAUCUCUUGAUCAGGACCCCGCGGACGUGUUCUCCUCGUCUUCAUCGUCUCAACGCUGCAAGGCCAAGACGCGCGGCCUCAACCCUUUCACUUCCUCAUCAUCUGGGCCGAGCGUCCCCAAGGCCGGCGAGGGCAACACGCAGCUCUCCAAGAGCCUGCUGCAGCUGGCCAAGAAUCGUGGCAAGGAAGGCAAAGACAAGCGCAAGAAGAAGGUCAAGGGACAGGCCGCAGAGCCGCAGCAACUCUCAGAGGCUCCUUUGGAUGGAGAGAUCUUCUUCUGCUGAUUCUCAUCCUCCUCCUUUCCUCAUCCCCGCUCAACGGCAAGACUUUCUCCCUUGGCCUCGCAGCCUCUCGCCACGCAGGAAGCGCCGGUCGGUGUUCGACCCACUUCCCUGUCUUGGUGGCGCGAGAGUUGCUCCAAACUUGCAGCAUGUAAGCAAACCACCACAAAAUGUCCGCCAUUGAUUUCGACCCCAUCUUUUCAUACCUCCUCUCGUUCUCGUGAACAAACUCUUUGGCGCGAUUGGCGAGCGUGCACACACAAACGCACACAAGUUGUCGUGAUGCGUCCAAAUGGCGCUGGGCAAACAGACGGCGGGAAUGUCAACAAGCUCCAUAUGGGCGCCGCAGCCUGAGAACAGAAAGCAAUUUCAUUUGAAAGCGUAGAGGGAAACAUGCCAAAAUGAAAGAAAGCAUACUCUGAAGACAAACUCCACGUCGCUUUACUUUGAAAAGCCAGUCGCGGGCACCGUCAGCCAGUGGAAUUAUCGCAAAAGUGUUUAGCGUUGGCCGUUAGCGUCCGUCAGUUAUGGCGCCAAGCACUUUGCUUACCGUUUUGUUGUUGUUGUUGUUUUUGGUCAAACUUGAGGAGACCAUCUUGGUUGUUUUUUUAAGUGGCAAGAGAGUGAAGAAAACACGUCAGACAUACAAUUGAGUCACAAAAUGUUGCCAUACCUUGUUUUAUUUGCGCUGAACCUUGUCCAACCCAAAGAGUUGACAGUCCUGCCGCAUUUUGUGCUAUAGGGCCUUUAAAUCCAAAACAAAAAUCCUGAUCAAAAUCUAAAAAUGAUCAAAUUCCGAGAUCCACAUUUGGUUGUCUAACAAAAAGCCUGUUUAGCCAAAUUCUGUCUUCCCCCCCCUAAAAAGCAUUCCCUUGUUUUUCUGAAUAACAAAAUUCAGAGUUACUUGUUUUAUUCAUGUUGAAUGUUGUCCAAUGUGAUGUGCAAAGCAGUUAAGUUUUUACCCCCCAAAAGUACAUUCCUUGUUUUUCUGAUCAAAAUCUAAAAAUCAAAUCAAUCUUUUUAAGUCCACACGAACGAACUCGGCAGCAAAUCCAAAUUCUGUGAUCGGCGUUUUAUUCGCGUUGUGCGUCAUUGUUAGAGAAAAAUCACCUGCUGCCAAAUUUGGUGAUUUCAUUUCAUUCAAAAACAUUUCCUUGUUUUCCGAAUAGAAGAUAAUCACUAAUUAACUCUGUUAUCUUUUCCACCGGAUUUAAAGACUUUUUUUUCCCUGUACAUUUUUUUUGUCUUAAAAAAAAGCAACUAUAACAAAAUUCUGUUCCAAAUCGGGUGAUUUGAAGAUGCUUUUCCAUCCGACUGCUCCGCUAAGCCGCCUCUGAAUUUAAUUCUGUUAGUUGGUGUUGAGUAUGUAAUGAAAAGCACAAACUGUCAAAUGUCGUGUCCUUUUAUACUUUAAAAAAAAAAAUCUGCUUUUCCAAAGAAUAAAAAAACUUAGGACAUUUACUUUCUACCAAAUUGAUUAAAGACCUUGACUUCUGGGGGGUGUCUACUAAAUAAAUAAACAGAUAGCUAAAAAGUCAAAGCAUUUGGUGUGAUACAUUGGACAAUGCCACUAACCAGAUUAUAAUUUUAUAUGACUUGAUCUGUUAGUUACCUGCAGGACGGGUAAAAGGAGACAGGAAGUUGGAGCGACUUUUUUUUUUUCUUUCUGACUUUAAUGGAACGCUCCGGAAUCACCAAGGGGCACUGUGGAUUAUGACGUUUUUUUGUUUUUAUCCGUGACCUAUUGAUCCCAUUUUAAUGCAUAAGUAACAAUGAGCAGAAGGCAGCAGCUUUAUUGUGGAAGGACAAACAGAGCUUCUACUUCCUGUAAGGGACAAUCAAGACUCCGCAGAGCCUUUUUUUCUUCUCAUGUUUUCAACGAGCUAGUGGCAAAAUGCACUAAAAGAUGGAAGAGCUUGCUUGUUUAAGUCUAUGUGAAGUAAAAAAAUACAAAUGUAAAUAUGAUUUAUGUAUAAAACAAAUCCAAUGUAAAAAGUUGCUUUGUGAUUUAUUACGAUAUUUUUUAAGGAUGUUUUAUUUAUGUUCUAUGUUCCCCCCUUUGGGGAUGGUAAACAAUGUAAAGUGAUCUCUCACCUAAUAAAAAAAAAUAUAUAUAUA